ACCCCACACUCUUUCGUACCCUUUUUCAUCAUGGCUGACGGAUCCGCUCAGUUCAACUUUCCCAAGGAGGAGGAGAAGAUCCUCCAGUUCUGGCGCGAGAUUGAUGCCUUCAAGCGAUCGCAGGAGCUCAACAAGGAUAAGGAGCCCUUCGCCUUUUUUGACGGACCCCCAUUCGCCACCGGGCUUCCUCACUAUGGACACUUGCUCGCCGGUACCAUCAAGGAUAUUGUCACCCGUUUCGCUCACAGUACUGGCCACAGCGUCGAACGUCGUUUCGGUUGGGACUGCCACGGUUUGCCCGUCGAGUACGAGGUUGACAAGGCCUUGGGCAUCACCGGAAAGGCCGAUGUCAUGGCCAUGGGUAUCGACAAGUAUAACGAGGAGUGCCGCAGCAUCGUCAUGAGAUAUGCCAAGGAAUGGCGCCAGACUGUUGAGCGUGCUGGACGCUGGAUCGAUUUCGACAACGACUACAAGACCUUGAAUGUCGAGUUUAUGGAGUCGGUCUGGUGGGUUUUCAAGACCCUUUUCGAGAAGGGUCAGGUCUACCGUGGAGUUCGUGUCAUGCCCUUCUCAACCGCCUGCAACACCCCUGUCUCCAACUUUGAGGCUCAGCAGAACUACAAGGAUGUCAGCGAUCCCUCUGUUGUUGUUUCCUUCCCUCUUCUGAACGACCCCUCGGUCGCCUUCCUUGCUUGGACGACCACCCCCUGGACACUUCCCUCCAACUUGGCCCUGUGCGUCAAUCCCAACCACGAGUUCAUCAAGUUCUUGGACGAGGCGUCCGGAAACACCUACAUCAUGAUCGAGAAGAGCCUCACGAUGCUCUACAAGGACCCUGCCAAGGCCAAGUUCAAGAUCCUUGGCAGAAUGAAGGGUUCCGAUCUUUUGGGUACCCAGUACGUCCCUCUGUUUGAAUACUACUACAAGGAGUUCGAGAACACUGGAUUCCGCAUCUUGAACGACGAGUACGUUGAUGAGUCUGCCGGUACCGGAAUUGUUCACCAGGCCCCAGCGUUUGGUGAGGACGAUUACCGCGUCUGUAUCAACCACGGUGUCAUCACAGCCGAUGGUCAUAUCCCCUGCCCCGUUGACGAGUCUGGAAAGUAUUUUGAGGAGAUUACCGAUUUCAAGGGUAUUCACGUCAAGGAGGCCGACAAGUUGAUCCAGAAGCACCUCAAGCAGGCGGGUCGCUUGAUUGUCCAGACCCAGAUCAACCAUAGUUACCCCUUCUGCUGGCGUUCCGACACACCCUUGAUCUACAAGGCUGUCCCAUCGUGGUUUGUUCGCGUCCAGCCGAUUGUCGACAAGAUGUUGAAGAACAAUGCGCAGUCCCGCUGGGUUCCCGGAUUCGUUCAGGAGAAGCGUUUUGCCAACUGGAUCGGCAACGCCCGCGACUGGAACAUUUCUCGCUCCCGCUACUGGGGCACUCCCAUCCCCAUCUGGACGACCGAGGACUUUUCGGAGAUGCACUGCGUUGGAUCUCUACAGGAGUUGGAGGAACUCACUGGAUGCGGCAAAUUGACAGACAUUCAUCGCCACUUUAUCGAUCACCUCACCUUCAAAUCGCCAAAGUCCGGAAAGGUCAUGCGCCGUAUCGAGGAUGUAUUUGACUGCUGGUUUGAGUCUGGAUCUAUGCCCUAUGCCCAGCAGCACUACCCCUUCGAGAACAAGGAGACAUUCGCGAACGGAUUCCCUGCGGACUUUAUCUCUGAGGGACUGGACCAGACCCGUGGCUGGUUCUACACUCUGCUGGUUCUUUCGACCCAUCUCUUUGAUACUCCCCCCGCUAAGAACCAGAUUGUCAGCGGUCUUGUUCUCGCCUCGGACGGCAAGAAGAUGUCGAAGCGCCUGAAGAACUAUCCCGAGGCCAACAUCAUUCUGGAUGCCUAUGGUGCUGAUGCGCUCCGUCUCUACCUCAUCAACUCGCCCGUCGUCCGUGCUGAAACGCUGAAGUUCAAGGAGGAGGGUGUCAAGGAGGUGGUCACGAAGGUCUUCUUGCCCUGGUACAAUGCCUACAAGUUCUUUGUCAACCAGACGGUUUUGCUGAAGAAGGAGUUCAGUCACGAUUUUAUGUACAACGCCUCGUUGAAGAAGAGUGACAACGUCAUGGACCGCUGGAUGUUGGCGUCGUGCCAGAGUUUGAUCAAGUAUGUCCGCGAGGAGAUGACGAACUACCGCCUCUACACGGUCGUCCCUCGUUUGCUGCGCCUGAUUGAGGAGUUGACGAACUGGUACGUCCGCUUCAACCGUCGCCGUCUGAAGGGAGAGAACGGUCUCGAGGACGCUAUCCAGGCGAUGAACACUCUGUUCGAUGUUUUGUACACUCUUGUCCGCUGCAUGUCGCCCUUCACACCCUUCUUGACUGAGAACAUGUACCAGACGCUCAAGAACUUUUUGCCGGAGGACAAGAGCAUCGUCGACAACCGCUCUGUGCACUUUUUGUCGUUCCCAGAGGUGAAGGAGGAGUACUUUGAUGAUGAGAUUGAGCGGGCGAUGUCGAGGAUGCAGGCAGUCAUUGAGUUGGGACGCACCAUUCGUGAGCGCAAGACUAUUAGCUUGAAGACGCCAUUGAAGGAAUUGGUUGUGAUCCACCCUGAUCCCCAGUACCACGCCGAUGUCAAGGCCCUGGAGAGCUAUAUUGUGGACGAACUCAACGUUCGCACGUUGGUUGUUACAUCGGAUGAGGCCCAGUAUGGAGUCAAGUACACUAUCGAGGCGGACUUCCGAUCGUUGGGUGCGAGGCUGAAGAAGGAUGCUGUCAAGGUCAAGAACGCGCUUCCCAAGUUGAGCGAGGAGCAGAUCAAGGACUUUAUCAGGUCGAAGCAGAUUACAUUGGAGGGGCAUGAUCUGGGCGAGGAGGACCUGACGGUGGUGCGGUAUUUCGAGUCGUCAGAGAACAGCAUGGAGACGAACACGGACAAAGAUGUGCUGAUCUUGUUGGACGUGAAGCGGUACCCAGAGCUGGAGCAAGAGGGCCUUGCACGCGAGGUGAUCAACCGUGUACAGCGUCUUCGCAAGAAGGCGAAUUUGGAGCCGACGGAUAUGAUCCACAUGUACUACGAGUUCACCCAGGACAUGAACAAUGCAUUGGAGCAGGUGAUCAAGUCGCAGGAGGAGACGCUGGUGAAGGUAUUGAAGCGCACGCUGUGCCCGAUCGGGGACAAGAAGGGAGCGGCUGUGGUGAUCAUUGAGGAGGCGCAGGAGGUCAAUGGAUCGACCUUCAAUCUGACUCUUGUGCGCGACUAGAGGGCCGGACAGGUGGAGGUAGUCGACAUAGACAAGGAAGAAGAAAAAGAAAAGGAAAUAAAACAUUUAUUCGG